UAUUGGACCAAUUUGUUUCGUUGACCAAGGAGAGCGCGACUAUUCAUGCCCUAUUACUGUAUGUGUAUCAGUUCUCGACGAAACGACAACUGGUGGCUUAAAUGCGCGAGUUGCCACUUUCCUUUUCACAAUCUCAUCAAAGUCGCCCUUUUUCAAGUGCCAAGUGUUCUUCUCUCUCGCCGAUUUUGUAGGUGCACCACCACUCGGAUCUUCUCUCCCUCCCCCUAAUCACACUCUUAGGUUUUUCUUCUCUCUAAUUCCAUUGGCUUUCCUUUUUGCUUGUACGCUGGACUCAGCCCCUCGUUCUCCGAGGCGGCUAAGGCAUUAAAAUAUCUUCAGCGUCCCAAGUGAGUCCUCUGAGAGAAAAUGGAUCAACAUGGAAAUGGACAACCACCAGGUAUGGGGGUGACCACCUCUGGUUCAGUGGCAUAUGGUGUUCCCUCGUACCAGGCUAACCAAAUGACAGUGCCUACAUCUGUGGGUCCUAUCCAAUCUCCGCAAAAUCUAGGUCUUCCUGCCUCUUCAACUCAGAUGCCACCACACCAACUUGCAUAUCAACACAUGCAUCAACAGCAGCAACAACAGUUGCAGCAACACCUUCAAACUUUCUGGGCAAACCAAUAUCAAGAAAUUGAGCAGGUUACUGAUUUCAAGAACCAUAGCUUGCCGUUGGCUAGGAUCAAGAAAAUCAUGAAGGCCGACGAAGAUGUGAGGAUGAUAUCAGCGGAGGCACCUGUUGUUUUUGCACGUGCUUGUGAGAUGUUUAUCCUUGAAUUGACUCUGCGUGCUUGGAGUCACACUGAGGAGAACAAGAGGAGGACACUUCAGAAAAACGAUAUUGCUGCAGCCAUAACAAGGACUGACAUCUUUGAUUUCUUGGUCGACAUCGUGCCACGAGAGGAUUUGAAAGAUGAAGUGCUGGCUUCAAUCCCUAGAGGGACCCUUCCUGUUGGGGCUCCUGCAGAGCUCCCGUAUUAUUACAUGCAAGCACAAUCUGCUCCUCAGGUUGUUGGGCCUUCAGGGAUGUACAUGGGUAAGCCAGUGGAUCAAUCAACCCCUUAUGCACAGCAGCCUCAUCCCUAUAUGGCUCAAUCAAUAUGGCCUCAGCCUCAGCAGCAGCAGCAACCACCAUCAGAUUCAUAACCAGGUGCCAGUAACAUAUCAAAUCAGAAAAUUUCAACCUGAACACCUAGUAGCACAGGAGAACAUCAUUGAGCAAGCAGGUUGCACAGUAGAAAGAUACUACGGGAUGGUAGAUGAAACACAGCCAGCUUUAAGCUCUUGUUUCUGAUGUAGCUCAAUCUGCAUGAAAUGAACUCUAUGGUUCCUAUGGUGUAUACUUUUGACUGACAUGUCAAGAAGAAUGUUAAGGCUGUCAUUAUUGUGAGACUGAAGUAAUAUCAAACCAUUAAGCUGUUUUUGUCUUUGAGUGCUUAUCUAAUUUUCUCA